AAAACAGAGGAGACUAUUGAAUACACCCCAACGGGAGAAGAGCUACAAUGGCUUGAGGGUGGCAUGGUGGCAGUGGUGAGGUCAAUGGCGUUGGUGUCUGAGAUUCAAGAGCAAAUGGACGCUGAUGGAGGUUCAAUCUCAUUAUCACCAAUUGGGGGGAAGACGGGUGCUACUAACUGAAAAAGUUGUAGGGUUUUUAUCCGAUUAUAUGAAGCAGAACCAGGAGUUGUUUGGACUGUGGUUUGAGUCUAUAAAACCAUGGGAGAUGGACCUAGAGGAGAAAAGCCGAAUGAUGUGGUUGCGCAUAUCCGGAGUGCCAUUAAAGGCAUGGGGAGAGAGGUGUUUUCAGAUGAUUGGAGAGACAAUCGGAGAAGUUUUGAUGGUUCAUGAGGAUACAAAGAAGAAAUCAAUCUUAUGGGAUGGGAGAGUAUUGAUAUUAGGCUCGGAGUCUUGUAAAGUCUCAAAACAAGUUAAGCUCAAGGUGGGAGAGCAAGUGUACAACAUAGAGAUAGUUGAAGAAGAGUGGCACUCUGAUUCGGAUUGGUGGCUAUCGGAGAAUGAUCGGAGAAGUGACCUGGAAACGGAGUCCGGUUACUCAAACUCGUGGUGUCAGAAUGAGGAUCUUGAACUGGAUAUGGAUGUGAUGGGUGACGGCGAGGAUACAAGUAACGGGUCAGAGCAUUUAAUGAAGGAAUUGGUUCCAAUUUCAAAUCCGAAGAGGGCAACGGAAACGGAGAGCUGUAAUCAAAGGGUGCAAGAGACAGUAUUGGAAAGGGAUGCAAGCUUUGGGCUGUCCAAGGAAAUUGGGCUACAAAAAUUGAGUUUUGAUGGGCCAGAAGAAAGCAGUGGGCCGAAUAUUGGGAUGGGCAGGGGACAGAUCAAGCAAACGAGCAUAGAGGAGCCCAGUUUAAAUGCUCAAAACCAAAUGGAUUCACCGACAAUGCAGAAACCGGAAAACUCAAAAAUUGUGAGCAAAAAACAGAGGCUACUUAGAGAAUGUUAUCCGGAAAGCAUGGAGGAGAUCUGGGCAACAGCAGCAUCGAGAGUAACGCCUAGAACAAGGGGCUUGGGUGGGACGCUGAAAAAGAAGGAAGUGAGGAGGAUGGUUUUUGACGAGAAGCCUGAUUUCAUGUUCUUGCAGGAAACAAAGUUAGAAAAGGUGGAUGUUGGUAUUUGUAGACAGUUGUGGAAUUCAGAUGAGUUUGAUUGGGUUGCGAAGGGCUCUUCUCGAGCUUCGGGGGGUUUACUAUGUAUAUGGGACAGACGGUAUUUUGUUAAGAGGGAAGAAUUCACUGGAGAUGGGUUCAUGGGAAUAUUAGGGGAAUGGGGUGUAAAUAAACAGCUGUAUUUUUUAAUAAACGUGUAUGGUCCAAAGGAGAGACAGAAGAAAGCUAAUUUGUGGGAGGAGCUAAGGAGAAUGGUGACAGACAAGGAGGGAUGUUGGUUAAUAGCAGGGGAUUUUAAUGCAGUGAGAGGUCCUGAGGAGAGAAGAGGAAGAACAGGGGAGAGCCCGAACAUGAAGGAUUUUGAUGAGUUUAUUGUGACAACUGAUUUGGUGGAUGUCAAACUAUCGAAUAGAAGGUAUACAUGGUAUAAGCCAGAUGGUACAGCAAGGAGUAGAUUGGACAGAUUUUUAUUGAGCACUGAGAUGAGCAAUAUGGAAGGGGAGUGGAUACAGCAAGGAUUGUCAAGGAAUAUCUCUGAUCAUUGCGCUAUUGUGUUGAAGUCCAGAACAACAGAUUGGGGACCAAGACCUUUCCGGGUUUUGGACGCAUGGCAACAACAUCUAGAUUUUAAGAAGCUUGUAGAAGAUAAAUGGAGUGAGAUGGAGGUCGAGGGCUUUGCUAGGUAUAAAUGCCAACAAAAGCUGAAAUUACUCAAAGGAUUUUUAAAAGGUUGGAACAAAGAAGUUUUUGGGAACAUGGAAGCUCAAUAUGAGCAAGCAGUAAAAAAUAUUGAGCAGGUUGAUAUGCAGAAUGAGUUAGCAGAUCUGGAAGAUGCUGAGAUUGUGAAGAGACAAGAAGGAACUUAUCUGGAAGCAGAAAUCAAGAAAUAUUUUAGAAGCCUGUUUCAAGGAGAGUCAUGGAAUAGACCCAAGCCUGGGAAUAUUAGUUUCCAGCAGAUCUCUGAGGAAAAGAAGGAUUGGCUAGAAAGACCUUUUUCAGUUGAAGAAAUCGAGGAAGCGUUAAGGAGCUGUGAUGGUUCAAAGGCACCGGGACCUGAUGGGUACAAUUUCAACUUCCUUAAAUUUGCGUGCCAUAGCAUAAAGGAGGACUUCAUCAACUUUUUUUCUGAAUUCCAUCGUAAUGGAAAAUUGGUGAGGGGACUAAAUUCUUCUUUUAUAGCCUUGAUUCCUAAAAAGUUGAAUGUUGGGGGACUAAAGGAUUAUAGACCCAUUAGCUUGUUAGGAUGUGUCUAUAAAUUAUUAGCGAAGGUGCUGGCAAAUAGAUUGAAAUCUGUGAUAGCAGAAAUAGUGAGUGAAACACAAUCUGCCUUUGUGGGGGGUCGUCAGUUGGUGGAUAGUGUCUUGGUGCUAAAUGAAGUUGUGGAUGAAAUUAAGAGGAAGAAACAGCCAGCUUUUGUUUUCAAAGCAGAUUUCAAAAAGGCAUACGAUUGCGUAGAUUGGUCCUUUUUGGAUUGGAUGAUGGAGAGGCUUGGCUUUGGAAAAAAGUGGAGAGGCUGGAUUAGGGAAUGUCUUUCAAUGGCGAGAAUCUCGGUCCUGGUAAACAGAAGCCCGACAAAGGAAUUUGAGAUGGGUAAAGGUUUGAGACAAGGUGAUCCUUUAUCUCUUUUUCUCUUUUUGAUGAUUGCAAAGGGGUUACAAGAGCUGGUAAAGAGAGCAGUAAAGGAGGAAAUGUUGCACGGGAUUGAGAUUGGAAAGAAAGGUUUGUCAGUGUCGUUGCUCCAGUUCGCGGAUGAUACAAUUAUAAUGGGUAGAGCGGAUGCUGAGAAUACACGUAUGGUGAAGGACAUCCUAAUAUGGUUUGAGCUUAUGUCGGGAUUGAGGAUUAACUUUAGCAAGAGCAGUGUUUUCGAUUACAAUGUGUCUGAAAAAUGGCUUAAAGGUGCAGCGAGUAUGUUACAUUGUAGGGUUGGUAGAGCACCUUUUCUUUAUCUGGGAUUGCCUGUUGAUGGCAGAUUUGGGAGCAAGAAAUUAUGGGAGCUGGUCGUAAAUAAAUUCCGUGCCAAACUCGCUGUCUGGAAGGCUGCUACUCUUUCCUUUGGAGGCCGCCUCAUCUUGCUAAAAUCGAUACUCUCUGCACUACCCAUUUUUUAUAUGUCUUUAUAUUUAUUACCAAAUUCUGUGCUUGAGGAGUUGAUUAGAAUUCAAAGGAAUUUUUUAUGGGGCGGGACAGGGUCAAUUAAGAAAAUUUCAUGGGUAAAAUGGGAAGAUGUAUGUCGUGAUAAAGCCAAAGGGGGUCUUGGGGUGCCAGAUUUACAGAGGAAAAAUUGGGCAAUGAUAGGAAAGUGGUGGUAUAGGUUAGGUGAUGGGGUUGAGAGUUUAUGGAAAAGGGUGGUGAGGGAGAAAUAUUAUGGAGGUAGGGAGGAGGUCGAUAUUACUUCAAUUGAGUGUUUAAGGGUGUCAAAGCUUUGGAGGGACAUCAUAAGGAUAGGGGGUCUGUCUCUCAAACUUAGGAACAUGUUAGUUGUGGGCUUCAAGUGGGAGGUGGGAGAAGGAAAUAGAGUGGAGUUCUGGUCUAAUAGGUGGGUUGGAGAUAAAAGCCUUAGGGAUCGUUUUCCAAGGUUAUUUGCAUUAUCUGUAAAGAAGGAGGGCAAGGUUUCUGAAAUGGGGACUUGGGAGGAGGGUAGAUGGCGUUGGCGGGUGGAGUGGAGGAGGGGUACAAUAGGGCGAGAGAAAGAUGAGGAAGAAUUGUUGGAGAAGGUGCUGGAGGGUGUCAAACUAAAGGAGGGGCUGGGGAUGUUUGGAAGUGGGUCCAUGGGAUGGAUGGUAAAUAUGUGGUGAAGCUAGCGUAUGAUUUUUUAGCUUCUACGGAGAGGGUUUUGGAGGACCAGAUGUGCAAACUAAUAGGGUGCAGGUUGGUGCCAUCCAAAGUGGCUUUUUUUGGGUGGCGACUGUGUUUAGAUAGACUCCCAACAAAGAAUAACUUGCAAAAACGAGGGAUAUUGUUGCAGGAGGGGGUUUUAUGCAAAUGUUGUAAUGGAAAGGUGGAGGAAGUUAAUCAUUUAUUUUGUGUAUGUGAUAAUGCGUGGUUAGCUUGGACUCAAGUGUUGAGUUGGUGGGGCUUAGAGUCUAUUCUGCCUAACACAGUUGUGGGAUUGGCAGAAUUUUUCAUUGGAGGUUUGGGCAGAAUAGUUGGGAAGGAGAUGGGCUCAUGUAUUUUUCUAGUGGUCGCUUGGUAUUUAUGGUAUAGAAGGAAUGUUCAAGUGUUUCAAAAAGAUGAAGGAAUACCAGAAAACCUGCUGGAAAGGAUGCAAGUUAAAACCUUUUUAUGGAUUAAAUCCAAAGUCAAUGGCUGUGUUUUUUCCUUUUAUGAAUGGCAAUCCUGUCCAAUGGAGUGUGCUAUGUCUAUCAAAAAACAUAAAAGGAUGAGGAAGCAGUUCUAUAAAGUGGUAGCGUCUUCUAGCUGAUGGAUAGGCGGAGCAGAUUUCUCUUUAAAUGUUUUGUUUUGGGGACCUGACGCUUUUUGGUUUAAGUGGUGGUUGUUUAGAUGUCUUUUUCGGUUCUUAGGAGAGUGGCUCUCCUUUGUUCUGGUCUCCUUUUUUUUUUUGUAUAAGGGCAGGAGCACCCCUUGUGCUUCAUUAAAUUAAUUUUUUCUUU